UCCUGCCGUCCAAAAACUACAAAAUAUAUAUCCUUUAUACUAACAUACAUACACGUGUCAUAAUCUUAUCCACCGAUUGAUAUUUAUUAAAUAUUGAAUCGACGAAUAAGAUUGUGUCACGUGUCUCUAUUUAGUCUUCUGUUAGAGUGAAGGCAUAUAUAAUCUAGUUUUUUUUAUCGCAGAAGGAUCAAUGUCCCAAAAAUAUAACAUAGGAUAUCUGCAUAUCUUUACGAUAAUUCGAAAGUAUAUUUUAUCAUUUUUUUUUCUUUUAUUUUUAUGUGUCUCUUAAAAAACCUAAAGUAUAAUGACCAUUUCACUAAAAUUAUCCUUAUUUCUUUAUCUUAUAACAAUUUAAUACUUGGUAUUUUUAUUUAUAUCAUAUUAAUUUCUCUCCGUAUUUAUUAGAGUAUGGGGGAUGAAGGUGGACAAUAAAUCUUGUUUUGAUUUUCUCAAGGAAAAAAUAAUAUCCUUACUCACAUAUUCCAAGAACUAAAAAAAUACAAUUAGAAAAUGCUACUACUACUUGACAAUUAAAUAAUAACCCUACCAUAAACUCAAUUAAAAAAUGCUAUUUUAUAUAUAUAAAAAAAAUAUCCUUUUUGGGAAUCCCUCUAUUAAACAAAUUAAGUCAACUCUUAUCUUAAAAGUUUUUUUAAUCCCAUCCACAUAUUAUAUAGGAGAAGAUCAAGAAGGGUAUUAUGAGCAAGAAUUAUUCAAAAUGUCAACAUCUUUCCCUAUGAAUGGUGGUGAUGCUGUUUAUAGCUACUCCAAGAACUCCCAAAUACAGAGAGAAGUGUUAGAUGGUGCAAAGGAGAUGAUGAAAGAAGCAAUUAUUAAAAAUCUUGACAUCAAAAACAUGUUUACUUAUUCUUCAAACAAAUUUAAUAUUGUAGAGUUGGGAUGUUCAAUUGGACCAAACACAUUCAACUCAAUGCAACAUAUUGUACAAGUUGUAAAGGAAAAGUACCAUGAUAACAAUAUUGAAUUCCAAGUAUUUUUCAAUGAUCAUGUAAACAAUGAUUUCAACACCCUCUUUCGAUCACUCCCUAUCGAUCGAUCCUACUAUGCAUGUGGAGUUCCAGGAUCUUUUCAUGGUAGAUUAUUUCCAUCGCGAUCCAUACAUUUUGCACAUUCUUCUUGUGCUAUACAUUGGUUAUCUAAGUGUCCAAAAGAACUAUUAGAUGAAAAAACCCUAGCAUGGAAUAAGGGAUUGAUUCACUAUGUUGGUGCAUCAAGUAUUGUAGUGAAUGCUUAUGUUGCUCAAUUUGAAAAGGACAUGGAAAUGUUCUUCAAUGCAAGAGCUGAGGAAAUUGUCCAAGGAGGAAUGAUGGUGAUUCUUUCACCAUUUUCGGGUUAUCGUUACCUCAAAUUUUUUGGCUCUACUCUUAUGGAUUUGGUAAAUGAGGGAAUGCUAGAUGAAUCUCUAGUUGACUCAUUCAAUGUGCCAGUGUAUUUUCCCUCUAUUGAAGACAUGACUAAAGUGGUGGAGAAAAAUAAUUUUUUUAGCAUUGAGAAAAUAGAAUUAACAUAUCCUAAGUCAAAACUUGUGGAUGAGGCUGAUGCAAAGACUUUAAUUAUAAACUUAACAGCUGUUUUACAACAAGUUUUUAUCAAUCAUUUUGGGAAUGAAAUAACAGAAGAAACUUUUACAAGGACUAUACUCAAAAGUGAAGAGAUUUCAGCAUGGAUGAAAAUAAAUUGUGAAAAAGCAUGUCAAUUAUUUGUAGCUUUAAAGCGGAAAUAAAUUAAUUUUUUUGUCAAAGACAUGGAGAUGGACAUGACAUGCAUAUGUAAUAGGACAAGUUUCUUAUGUUUUUUUUUCUUCUAA